GACGACGUGGCCGAAGUACGUAAUUUUCCUGCGUCUCAGCAAGCCGGGGUUAUUCAAACGAGAUAAGUACUCGGCCUUCUUUUUUUGAUGUCCUGAUCAACAUUUCUGAGCAAAGAUGUCUGGAAAAAUCAGAAGUAGAAGUGCAGCAAACGCGGACUCCAUAUCCGGCGGCGUGUCCUGCGACGAGCGUAUUUUGCGAGAAUGUCAUCAAGUGUACACGGAACCUGACAGUGGCUUGAUGGCGGUGGCGGAGUCUGUGGGAGUAAAGCUGCUGGCCCCCAGGAAGAAGAUCACUGUGAUGCUGAUAGGAAACCACUCUGCUGGGAAAAGCUCCUUCAUCAACUGGUAUGUUGAGGAGCACAUCCAACGCACUGGAGUAGCUAUUGAGACCCAGGGGUUCAGUUUUGUCACAAGCGGGCGCAAGAGAGAAUCUCUUACUGGAAAUGCUACCCUUCAUUUAUAUCCACAUUUCAAGCCACUGCAAGAGUUCAAAGGUGUAUCGGAGUACCUGAGCACAGAGAUCUGCACAUCACGACAGAAACGUUUCAGCCUGGUGACCUUUGUGGAUUCGCCGGGAUUGGUGGAUGGCGAUAUGAAGUAUCCCUUUGAUGUGGAUGACGUCAUCCUGUGGCUAGGUGACCUCUGUGACCUGAUUCUAGUCUUCUUUGACCCGAUGGGUCAGGCUCUGUGCAAACGUACCCUCAACAUUGUGGAAGCCCUGAAUGACAAACACGGGGACCGACUGCGGUUUUACCUGAGCAAGGCUGAUGAAGCUGGGGGCGAGUCUGACCGACAGCGAGUCAUGAUGCAGAUUGUCCAGGAGCUCUGCAAGCGACCAGGACUCAACAAAUGUGGCUUUGACAUGCCCACCAUCUAUGUUCCUAAUCCCAACAAGCCGAGCCGCUGCGUCAACCAAAUUGAGGAAGUGUGCCGCACAGUUGAGAAAACCAUCAACCAGACCGUCCAGAAUACACUCAACUCCCUGGAGAAGGACUGUGAGGUCAUCAGUGAAGCCAUCACUGAUAAACUGGCCAAUGACAGGCAGACCAGUGUUGCCAACAGAGGCGCACGCUGCAAGAGCUGCUUCCUGACUCUACUGGGCUUUAGCAUCCCGAUAGCUCUUCUGUCCAUACUGCUGCUGGGCACUUUGUCACAGGAAGUGCUGGAGAUGGCUGUGGGUCGCCAAGGCAUUGAGGCGCUAUCGCUCUAUCUGGUUCCUGUGGUGCGGAUCUUUGAGUCUAUGUCUGGAGAGCAGCAACUUUACGGCUGUGGCGGGAUGGUCUUUGCUUCCUUCAUCUUGCUCCUCAUUGCACGCUUCUCCUUCAGGACCCAACCAACUCUGUCAGGCAAGCAGAAAAGGCAGCUGCAGGAGAAGUUGGAGUUUGUUCAGGAAGUGGCAAAGAGCAAAAAGAAGAAGCUGUAUGAAGAGUAUCUGCGGCAGAGUGUCAGUGAUCACGACAUGAACUGAAACACAACAACAACCUGACACAGCAAUACUCUCUUCAUCAUUUCAAAGACUGUUACUGUUGUCCACCAUCCUACUUACGAAUAUUGUCUAUUUCUAUUCUUGAAAAACUAACUUACUCAGUAUAUAUAUAUAUAUAUAUACAUAUAUAUAUAUAUAUAUAUAUAUGUAUGUAUGUAGCACCGAUUUCUAUAACUUACUGUUUUCUCUACCUUCACCAGCAUUUUAUACGUGUGCUUUACAAGAACUUACAACCUUUGGGUCAAUCAGGGUUGUCCAGACUUUUGACUUGGGGUUACAUUGGGCUAAUUAUAUCAUUAAUAAAAAGUUAAAUGUUUUGUAAUCAACCAGAAAUAUCAAGCAACUAAAAUGCUCCAAACAUGGAUUAGUCUGGAUAGAGUAUAUUUAAAUUUCCCAUCAUCCAUUGCAUCGGAUUUAAAUUAGUGUAAUUUCUAAUUAUGUGUUGUGAUUGGACAUGAGUUAUAAUAUCUGUGCUGUGGCGACUACAAAGUGCAAUCCAUGGUCAUUACCCUGAAUUACUCAUUGUGUCACAUGCACUUUGUCUAAUUUGCAGCAACUACUGACUGAUAUGUAAGAAAGUUGGAGGCACCCCGGCGGCCACAUUCCUUUCAACUCAUAACAUCUUACCAUACCGACACGCAGUUUGGACACCCCUAUGACAAAUCCUGGUCAAUCUGAGUAGACAAUAUUCAAAUUUCUCGGUCAUAUGAAGGUUUUGUAAUCGUAGUAGGAUUUUCCACUAUUCACAUUUGUUCACUUUGAGAACAUUUAACUGAAAUUAAUAAAAACAAUGCCAUUUCUA